UCUCUCUCUGUGAUGGAUCCACCACCGCUCCCACCACUUCCGGCCACCACCGCCGCCGCCACCAUGCAGCUCAGCCACCCCGACUCACUCGAAUCCUCCCCCCGAUCCCGCAUUAAUGCCGACUCUUCCUGGGACGUCGAGCCUCUCCCUCAGGUCCCCGGCGCCAAGCUCCGCCUCAUGUGCAGCUACGGCGGCCACAUCAUCCCCCGCCCGCACGACAAGUCCCUCUGCUACGUCGGCGGCGAGACUCGCAUUGUCGUCGCCGACCGCCACUCCUCCCUCUCCGACCUCUGCUCCCGCCUCUCCCGGACGCUCCUCAACGGCCGGCCGUUCGCGCUCAAGUACCAGCUCCCGACGGAGGACCUCGACUCACUCAUCUCCGUCACCACCGACGAGGAUCUCGACAACCUGGUGGAGGAGUACGACCGCACCACCUCGUCGGCGUCGCCGCUGAAGCCGUCGUCGCGGCUCCGUCUCUUCCUCUUCUUCAGCAAGCCGGAGACGGCGGCGUCCAUGGGGGCGCUGCUCGACGACGCCAAGUCCGAGUCGUGGUUCGUCGACGCGCUCAACGGCUCCGGCUUCCUGCCUCGGAACCUCUCCGACUCCCCCGCCAACCUGGACUGCUUGCUGACCGGCGGGAGUGACUCUUGCAACGAUUUAGAGGCGGCGGCGGCGAAUCAAGGUGGCGACUUCUUUGUGGAGAAUGAGAGUGGAAAACCUAAUGUGGCGGCGCCGGAAGUGCAUUCGAUUUCGGAGUCGGCGUUUGUGGAGAACAACACGUCGUCGUCGUCUGGAUCGUCUACUUCGUCGCCGUGCUUGGCCAAUCUGCCGCCAAUUAGGGUUAGGAUGGAUGGAAAUGUGGCGGGAGUAAUGCAGGGUCAGAUAAGCUAUGCUAAUCCACCAACAAUGGCGGCCUCUGGAGCUUUGAGUACUAAUUCUAUGGCGGUGAGUUCAGGUGGUGAAACUAUGAACAGGAUCAACUCGGAGGAUGAGAUUUCGGCUCAGAAUGUGCCUGUGGCGUUUCGAAAGCCGCCUUUGCCAAUGCCAUUGCAGCCGCAGCAUUUCAAGCAGGGUGGUGGUGGUGGAGGUUAUAGCCUGCCUUCACCGGAUUCGGUUGCGAGCGAUAGUAGCAUUGCGUCUGCAAACUCUCUUUCGAAACCAAUGUACUAUCAAGAGCAAGUUCAAGUUGGAGCUAGAGAUAGUAGAGCACCUGUUAGCCCGAAUACAGCAAGUGAUGCUUCGGAUCAGGGUUCCCGAAACCAAGUUCAGGAUUCAGCGUACAGUAUGCCUCAGCAAUCAGACCAACAACAACAACAAAAUCAGCUUCAGCAACAACAGGUUCAACAACAACAACUGCUACAGCAGCAACAUCAGCAACAACAACAGCUCCAACAGCAGCAUCUCCAGCAACAGCAACAGCAGCAACAACAAUUUGUCCAUGCAAGCACGCAGUAUAUGAAUAUUCAGCACCCUGCUACUGGUCAGGUGCCAGUGUCACCUUACUACACUGUGUAUGCUCCACCGUCGCAUCAGCAACAGCUUCAUCACCAAAUUGAUCAUCAGCAGCAGUAUCCAGUAUAUAUAAUGCCCGUUCCACAGUCGCAACAACCAUACAAGAUGGCCCUGCAGUCCAACAUGGUGGAUCCAACUGCUUACAAGGACAGUAUGCCACCCGUUUAUCCCCCAAAGGCAGCUUCACCUGCUAUGCCCGAAAUGACUCAAAGUGUUUACCAAACCUCUGUGACACCAGCUCCUCAACUAGUCCAAAUUCCUUCCAACCAAUAUCAGCAGCAGUUUGUUGGUUACCCUCAAAUGCAUCAUCCAUCUCAGUCCAUUGCUGUUCCUUCCUCUGCGACAACACCCAACUAUGCUUACGAAUACGCCAAUCCUUCACAUGAACAAGUAUUCUACACUCAGCAUCAAGCAGCCCCAUUGCCUCCGCAAUAUCAAUCCAUGACUCCAGCAGCCGCGGCUGCAGCAGUAGCAAUGUCAGAUGAAGCAAAGCAGCUAGCUGCAUACUCAGCAGCAGAUCAAAGCCACAUAGUCAUAACUCCUUAGGCGAGAAAUCAAAGAAAACAAGUGAUUGGGUUAAAGCUGCAGGUUAAUAUUACCCUUAUUACAUAUAUUCUCUUAUUGAUGGUGUAUCUAUAUAAGACUUUGCUAAUUGCUCAUAUG